UGUUCGUCAUAUAAUGGCAUGAUUUGUCGUGUGUUGGCAUGAUCAAGUACUGUCUAUGUGGAUGAAGUCUUACAACCGGCUACCGUACCUGGUAGAAAAUCAUACCUGGAGAGGGUGGCAGCCAUUGGAAAGGGAACGCUCUCCAAUGGGAGGUACGGGGCAGGAGCUGAACUACUCACUGCGAGGACGAGGUUGCAGAGAAGAUUCGCCAUCACCUUCGCUCUCCCCUAUCCCGAGGGAUGCAAGUUAUGGGAUGCCGAUGGAGGGGAUAGUGAAUACUGAAGAGGAGAAUGGAACUUUGAGCACUUUGGGACCGGACACUUCCAGAUCGGAUACAUCGGAGACUGGCCAAUCGGAUCAAAAACAAAUGGAAGAGCAAGAGGAGAGGGCGGAAGUAGAAGAGGAAUCACGAGAAGUAGACAUGGGAGGGGAGGAGCACAUGGAGGAUUCAACACAAGCAGACGAGCAACAGGAAAGGGCCCUCGAGGAUGAGUCGGUACAAGCUGAUGGGGAAAAAGAUGAUAAGCAACGGCAGGAGCCAUUGACCGAUCUGGUACGACAAGAGCGGGCUGAGACAGGACGGGCGGCCAUUCUGAAGGAGGGGGAAUGUUAUGAGACCAAGUUGAAUGAAGGAAUGACUGCGGAUCCGGUGCUGUGGUGGAAGGGUCAUCAGGUGUGGGCCCUAGAGCAGGGAACGAAAGGGGGUGUUUGCGGCGGCAGUGUGGAAGGAAUGGCAAAGGGAAGUGGCGGUGAAUGGGGGAGAUGCACCAAGGAACCGUGGAUAGUGAUAGGGGAGCUGAUGUCACGAAAGUUUUCUGCCACUGUGACUAUGCGAAAGACGACCCUGCUGAUGACGGUGAUGAACCACCCUUUCGACGAGCAUCAGAGCCAACAGCGUACCACACGAGGGAUAUUGAAGUGCGUGGUAGAUUUCUACCGUCAGCUGCUGACGGAAGAAGACCAAUGGACCUCAGAGGCCAAGGUCGAAGCACCGGAGCAGGAAGUAUGGAGGCAUGUCCGGGACCACUUAGACUUGGAGAGCACAUUGGAAGAAGACAUCGAGCCGGAGGAGGUGGAGAGAGCAAUAGCAGAGCUCCCCCGACUGAAGGCGCGAGGAUGGACGACGUGCCUGUGGAAGGACUUCCAAAUUUUUUACGUCAUCCUGCUAACAGUGGCGUACAAUGAAGCACUCAAAUUUGGUGUCCUCCCGCGAGGCUUUGCAGACGUGUUCAUCAUCCUCCUGUAUAAGAAGGGAGCGAAGGAUGAUGUCUGUAACUGGCACCCAAUCUCUAUCCUCAAUGCAAUGUAUAAGAUUCUGGCAAAAGUCGUGGCAACCGGCCUGAAGGAAGUGCUACUGCAAAUUGUUGACACCACACAAACUGGAUUUGUGGCGGGGCAACAGAUCCUCUCAACAGUAACCCUCGUGCAACAGAUUCUUGAAAAGGCCCAAUGCACAGGUUGUGCGCAAGCUUUUGUAUCUAUCGACCUCGAGAAAGGGUACGGCCGGAUCCGGUGGAAAUUCUUGCUACAAGGGAUGGCACGCAGAGGGAUUGGAGGCAUCUACCGAGGCUGGGUCAGAACUCUGCUGACAUGAGCAGCAACUGUUAUGCAAAUCAACGGCGUCAGAUCUG